AUGGGUUCGGAAUUGGGAAUUACCGCCGAUUCCAAGGCGGCUCUUGACCUUUCGCCGGUCAGCAUUUGGUGGGUCGUCUGGGGAUGCGUCUGGACGGCCGCCGUAGCCGCUGGUAUGGCAUAUCUGAUCCUCCAUCGCGACAUGCCUACUCUGCGAAUUCGAGGCCUCGCCUUGUCACUCUCUUCAAUCGUUCUUCUUCAUCUUUACUGGUGGGUCUGCCAAUUCGGCAACAUGGUCGGUGCCCUUCUGCCCGGAGACGCCCAAUACUGGAUCAUGGGAACCUAUCUCCCUUGUGGUAUCGCUCUUUUCCACGCCUCCAACACUCGUUUCCUGCAUGUCGCCAAGCUGCAGCGCAAGUAUGCUCAGCAUGGCUACCGCCUUGUCGAUGCGAAGCCCGAUGCGAAGCCCAAGACCGGCCUGAUCAAUCGUUUCCGCCGUCUCGACUAUACGACCAAGAUCCUCAUCACCGUGGGAAUUGGGAUGUUUGUCCAGGUCUUCCUCACCAUCUUUAAUUACCUUAUCUCUCGCAAGUUCCAUAGCUCCUGGGGUAUCCCCGGUACCGAGGUCCACGGUAGCGCAAUGGCUCAAAAGUCGGCACAGGGCUCUGGAUGGGAAUGGUGGCCUGGCGUCUUCUGGCAAUUCUUCUGGUCCUGGGUUCUCGCUCCCGUCAUUCUCUGGAAGUCGCGUAAUAUCCACGAUACCCAGGGCUGGCGGGUGCAGACCAUUGGCUGUGCUCUUGGCAGCCUCCACGCUACCCCGAUGUGGCUCAUCGCUCUUUACGUUCCUGGCAUGGCUCCGGUCAAUAAGUACUUCAUUCCUCCUCAGUGGAUCUGCUUGUCCAUCUGGAUCAUCGAAAUCUUUACCGUCUUCCUUCCCUGCUGGGAAGUGAUGCGUCACCAGUCCCUUCGUCAAGAGACUCUUGACUCCAUUGCUCGCUGGGAGACCAAGGUGAAAUCUAACAACUCCGAGAACAAGUCUCUCAACUCGGAAACGACCAUGGUGGAGUCCAUGAUGUCGGGAUGGAAGUCCACCAACGCUUCCAUCAAGACUACUGGCUCGCGCGAUAGUAUUCUGACCAUGAGCGCUCUUGAGCACGUCCUGGAGCGCAACCCUACUCCUCUCCAGGAGUUUUCUGCGCUUCGUGAAUUCUCGGGAGAGAACAUUGCCUUCCUCACCAGCCUUUCUGAGUGGAAGAACUCGCUUCCGACGGUUCUGAGGGACCCCACUGCUCCUCGGGAUGGUGCCUCCAAAGACGUUCUUCGUGAACACUUCAACCGCGCUCUCCAUAUCUAUGCCGAUUUCAUCAGUGUCCGUCACGCCGAGUUCCCCGUGAACAUCUCAUCCAGCGACCUCAAGAAGCUCGAGGAUGUUUUCGAACGGCCCGCUCGUCUUCUCUACGGCGAGGAGCGUGAGGCUGAUCCUGUCAGCCCCUUCGACAACUUCAACUUUGAGCCUGCGUCCCCCACUGUCUCUGAGAGCUCCGAGAAGGGCAUGACGAACUGCAUUCGAAACCGUGUUCACUAUUGGGGUGAGAUCCCUGAACAAUUCGACGCGACCGUCUUCCAGGACGCAGAGGCGAGCAUCAAAUACCUCGUCCUCACCAACACCUGGCCCAAGUUCAUCAAGGAUCGCAGGACCUCGAUUGAUUCUUUCGAGACCCUGAAGACCAAGACGGAGAUUGUCUAG